AUGUCAGUCUCAGCACUUUGCAAUUUGCUCUGUCUAAUUAUCAUCAUAGCUGUGACUCUUGUCGGGAUGUUAGGAAAUGGAUUCAUCGUUAUUUCAGAUUGCUGUGGUUGGAUCAGAAGCAAAACACAGUCACCUCCUGAUCUCCUGUUGAUGGCACUCAGUCUGACCCGUCUUCUUUUUUUGGGAAUAACUCUCAGCCUCCAUUGCUUGAGCUUCCUUGAUAUUAAUAAUCCCAAAUAUGCAGGAAAAGCCAUCGUUUUCUUCUGGGCCUUUUUCAAUGCAAUCACCUUGUGGAUUACUACCUGCCUUGGAGUUUUUUACUGUGUGAAAAUUAUCAACUUCACCCAGCCCUUCCUUGUGAAAAUUAAGUUGAGGAUUUCCAGGAUGGUUCCCCAUUUGCUUGUAGCAGUAAUGUUGGUUUCUUUGAUUUCUGCUCUUCCUGUCAUCUGGAUUGGAGACUGCAACUGCUCUUAUAACACAACACAGACUUUUUUACUUAGUCUACUAUAUAUUAUAGGGACUUUUCCAUCUUUUGUAAUAUUUUUGAUUUCUUCUGUUUUCUUAAUUUACUCCCUUGUGCACCAUGUCAAGAGGAUGCAACAGAACCCACUUGGUUUUAGAGAUCAGAAGAUGAAUGUUCAUUUGAGAGCCACUAAAAUCCUGACCUCCUUUCUUAUCCUCUAUGCUGCAACUUUUGUAUCAGAAAUCUCAAUGACGUUCUUCCCCAGUCCCUGGACAUCAGUCAUAUCCAUAAUUGUGGUUACUUCAUAUAAUUCAGGACACACCAUUGCUUUGAUUGUCAUGAAUUCCAAAUUAAGGGAAGGAUUAAGCAAGAUGUUCCACUGUCUGAGAAAACAGACAUGA